AUGCAUGGUGCCAGACAAGCGAUCGCGCCGACCUUGGUCACCCACCGAAGUCCUCAGACAAACAGGAGAGAGACGAUGAAGGAAGAGCUAGUCGCUCGGCCGGUCGCGGCGGGUCCAUGGCGGCCAGCAAACGAGCUGAUGGCGGGCGGGUGGCCGUGGCCGUGCGUCCGUCCCGCCUUCGUCUUCGACAACGACGAAGGCUGGGCCGGCCAUCCUCUGCGCAUCACCCACAGGGUGGUGGUGUGCUGGCAUCCCGUCGACCAUCAGGCCAAUCGGAUCGAUCCGCGGUACAGCCGGAUGGACCCGACGGUGCCGCAAGGGAUCGGAUCACCGCCGACCCUCCUUGGCGUCGAUAUCGGGAAGGGGGCCAGGGCAGAUAGCAUCGGGGAAAGCGACGACGACAACGACCACGACGACCUCAACCUCGAUCAAUGCACAAUCGCACCGAGAGAUCGCCGAUGA